GGCGGGGCGGCGUGCUCUCUCGUCCCGAGGUGCCCCCAGAAGCCGGCGCGAUGCCUCAGAGCAGCGAGGAGCGGAGUGUGGAGCCGGAGCCGGCGCCGGUGGCACCCACCGACGCCCGGCCGGCCCACAAAGUCGACUCUCUCGCCUCUCUCAGCUCGCUCGGCUCUCUGAGCUCCGCCUCGUCCGCUGGGUAUGGCCGUCAGCUGUCGCAGAUCUCGCUCUCCUCUGUCCUCUCCGAGUAUGACGUCACUGGCCCUGGCUCGGCCGACUCAGAGGACGAGAGCUCGGACAGCGGUCUGGAGCUGGUGGCGCCCUCUGGACAAGUGGCGCCACUGAAGCGAGAGCGGUCGGCGCAGGCGGCGCUGCAGACGGGACUCGAGGGCACCGAAGAGACUGAGCAGAUUCCUGAAGUCUGGGAGGGGCAGAGGGCGGAGAAAGGUGAAGUAGAUGAGGGCGAGAAGGAGUGGAAGGAUGAGGAGAAGAGAAAUGAUGUUGGAGUGAAGGAGACUAUCGAUGAAAAGGCCGCGAUCGCCGCCGACACCGAGCCUAUCCAGGCUGCUCCGACCCAGCCCAAGCGUCAGCUGCGCCAGUACAACCAGGAAACCUUCGAGCCGGCGCCGCGGCGGGUCGAGCUCCUGGUCAACCUGGCUAUCAACGUGCUCAAGGCCGUGGGAAACGUCAAAGAGUACAUCGCCCCUCCGAGUAACAUGGAGGCGGGCCGGGAGGAGUACACUCCGCUCUACAGGACGGACGACUUUGGCGGCUUCCACGCCCGGAAUAUCUUCCGGCGGUGGCAGGACUGCUUCUGCAAUCCCAUCGACUCGGCGGCUACGAAUAUGGUGAGCAGUGGGGACAAAAUUACAGACGGGACGGGAAGUUUAAAAGCGAAGGUGGUCGAUGCGGCGCGGCCGUAUCUCUGA